UAACUACACCGUGGAAAGAAAGGUUUUGAGUAAUGCAAAAAUGGUGGACCCAAAAUAUGGCUUUCUUGCCCAUGUUGCGUUUGGUGUGAUCGCAUUUCUCUCAGUUAUCGGGAAUGUUCUUAUUUGUGUUGUUAUUCUGAGAAGGAAGAACUUACUCAAAAAACCAUGCAAUAUUCUGAUCUUGAAUUUAGCUGCUACGGAUUUACUUACAGCUCUGUUCCUCGUUGUUACACCAGACUUCGUGCUACCGUUCAGCCUAUUCAAAGUCCCAGAAAACCUUGCAGGGGAGCUGUUUUGCCGACUCAUCGCCUCCACGUACAUAUUAUUCACAUUCGGGAAGGCGUCCAGUCUCACUGUGAUGUGUAUGGCUGUGGAGCGCUGGUACGCAGUCGUUAAACCRAUGAAAUACAAGGUGACUUUUCGCAAGCGACGCCUGGGACUUUAUAUCAUGAUCGUGUGGAUCUUCAGYUGUUUCACUCAAAUAAACGAACUAUUCCAAAAGACAUCCCRGGGUGGYCACUGUAGACGUACCGACCCCCCUUACGGGAAGAAAACGUCACAGCUUCUAACGCUWUUUCACAUUGCAAUGACGUUCUAUAUUCCUAGCAUUGUCACGUGGGCGACGUUCACCGAUGUUUGUUUGAGCAUGCAUAAGAACAGGAAGAUCACYGCACAUUGCUGUAUGACGAAUUACGGCGUUGCCAAGCAACGUAUUGUCCGCAUGUGCGCAAUCACGGCAUUUGUGCUGACGCUGUGCUGGUUUCCCGCCGAAACGUUUUUCAUACUACUGACUUUUGACACGCUAGUUUUGCCCUUUGAAUUUUACCGGUUCACUAUUGUCCUUGCGAUGUUUAACUCGUGUGUAAACCCUGUGAUCUAUUGCUUGAGCAAUAAGGAGUAUAGAAAGGACUUUCUCAGCCUGUUUAGUCAUUGCGAUCGUGUGCAGAUACUUGACGCCGCUGGCAAAGGAGUGCGGAAGUCUCUCAGCAUUCAGACAUUCAGRAAAUCAACGAUCAAUGAUGAUAAUCAACAGUGCACGACCUCUUACGAAACAACACUCGACCUUCCUAGGUCUGUUAAAAGUGACAGCUUUGGGAAUUUAACGAGAAACAGUGMUUCAGCAAUACUUCCAGAGAUGGAGUUGCCAUCGAAGUAUGUGUGAAUAUCUGCUGACUAUUUUGCAUAUAAUGAAAAAAUAUAGCACUAUAUAUAUUUGCAGAACUGAAAUACUAUGUCUUAGUUCAUUUUUUUUUUUGGAUAUUUUUUAUUUUUACAAAAUAUGUAUUACUUUACAAAAUAUUAAUUGCUAUUUACAUGUAGAGAGUGCUUGGCAGU